ACGAGCGUUUACUGCAUUUUGGCGACGCAUUUUAGUGAGAAGUUUACGUCGAGCGGUCACAAAAAGUUGCAUAGAAUCAUGAGUUUUGCCGGAAAUUUACAAAAGAUUUUGGAGAAAUUCCUCAUUUCUGGAAAAUUACGUUGCGUUUAUACAGAGGAUGCGAUUGAAAUCCAGAAUUUUGUAAUGAAACAGCUUAAAGAAAAUGACCAAACUUUUCGCGAGGUUUUCGAGGGACUUAGUCUUGGGGGAAGCUAUCUUGAUGGAGUGAAAUUGGUGACUCCCGAUGAAUUUGAUAUGCAUAUGAAACUGAAAUUCCCAUACGAAAUUACACCAGAACUAUACGGUGAUGGAUUUGUCUGCCUCGAUAAAGGAUUUGAGAAAAUCAAUCGAUGUAAAUUACAAAACUGGUUGCGAAGCAUUUUCGAAAAAGUGGGCAGUCGUGUAACCACCUCCAGAGGAGAAGUCUAUACACUCAAAUAUGUUAGAGAAGGUUACGGAUGUGCCCAUACUAUCAAAGCUGUUGGAAAUACUCGAACGAUUUCAUUUGAUUUUGUCCCAGCAUUAGAGUUUCCGGGAAGCCAAUGGCCUUUGGCCACCCCCCCAAUCCCGGCUGAGAUCCGUAAUAAGUGGCCGUGGUUUGCCAUACCACAGAGGUAUCCAGGAGAAAAAAAUAAAUUCACUUUUAAGGUUUGUGCACCCACCUGGGAGCGUGAGCGGAUUAAGGACUUGGAUAAUUUUAAGAAUGUACUGCGCCUGAUGAAAGGAUUACGCGACGCUAAAAAAAAGGGACUGCCCAAACUAUCUAGUUAUAUGUUGAAAACUGUUUUGCUUCACCAACUGGAUCUUGUCGACUGGCAACAAGAUUUGGGUACACUUUUGGUGGCGAUGUGGGCCCACUUGGUUGAUCAUCUUCAUAAGGGGAGGCUUGCAUUUUUUUUGGCAGAUGGACACAAUUUAUUUAGUCGUAUGUCCCCAGCAGAAGUAGUCAAAUGUUACGUAACUGCUAAUGAAAUUUUAACCAAGCUAAGAGAAGCCCAGAAAACAGGGUCAUCAUUGCUACUGGAACAACUUUUCAAUGUAAAAAUUCAAGAGUUCAAGAGUUCAGAAGUUCAAGAAUUGAAAGCUCUGCUAAAACAAUUUCAUGACGCAAGAAAAACAUUUUUUUUUAUCAGUUUUUUAUUCCUUUCAAAGAAGCGAUAAAUAUAAACAAACUAUUCCUUUGUCAGCGAAUAUUAUUUUCGUUUUUCUUUUUUGUUUGAUAUGUAAACAUAUGGGUUUUUAAAUAAAAAAAUUCAGUAAAUGUA